AUGUACUUUUUCCAUAUCUAUCUAUCUAUCUAUCUAUCUAUCUAUCUCAGUCUGUUCAUAUCUAUCUCAGUCUGUUCAUAUCUAUCUCAGUUCAUAUCUAUCUAUCUAUCUAUCUAUCUAUUAGUUAUUCAUAUGUAUUUUAUGUCUGUUUGUUUCUUCCUAUCUAUCUAUUGCAAUCUUUUCAUAAUUCUUAAUGUCCGCUCUAGCUUUCUAUCUUUAACAUUGUUCGCGUUUUCCUAUCUAUCUAUCUAUCUAUCUAUCUAUCCCAAUCUUUUCAAAUCUUUCAAUGUCUGCCUUUUCCUAUCUAUCUAUCUAUCUAUCUAUCUAUCUAUCUAUCUAUCUAUCUAUCUAUCUAUCUAUAACAAGAUUUUUCUAUCUCCUUUUCACAUCUAUUCAUACCAGUCUUUUCAUAUCUGUUUAUUCAAGGGUGUUCAUAUCUACAAGUUUUAUCUCUCUCUCAGUCUUGACAUAUUUACGAAUAUAUGUGAACCUGAAUAG